AUGUUCUCCGCCCGCAACGUUGCCCGAUCGGCACCCCGCGUCGUCUCUCGACUCUCGGGCGCCGCUCUGCGACAGACCGCCCGCCCCAGCGCCUUCAUCAAGGCCUCUUCUGCUCUGCGACCCGCUCAGUCUGCUUUCUCUACCACAGUCUUCCGAAAGGCCGCCGAGGCCGAUGGUGAGCUUCUCGCUAAGCUCGAGAGCGAGAUCAAGAUCGAGGAGGACAUGAAGGCCAGCGAGCAGGACCCUGCCAGCAUUAAGGACUUCCUGAACAACAGCGCCUUCGAGCUCAUUGACACCCCUGGCCAGGAGGUUGUCAAGCUUACCCGCAACUACGGCGAGGAGAAGAUCACUAUCAGCUUCUCCAUUGCCGAUAUCACCAACUACGACCCUUACGCUGAGGAGAACGCCCUUGAGGACGAGGGUUUCGAGGAUGAGAGCCCCCCAGGCAGCCAGCGUAGCGCUCGCGCCAACGAGGAGCUCGACGAGGAGCUUGAGGAUGACGCCGAGGAGGAGAACGCCGCCCCCAUCAACCUCUCCAUCGUCGUCGAGAAGCCUGGCAAGGCUGCCGGUGCCCUCAACAUCGAUGCCACCGCCCAGGACGGCCAGAUCGUCGUCGAGAACCUCUUCUACUACGACGACGCCAAGGUCGCCAAGGUCGAGUCCCCCGACGCCGCCCAGAAGCGCGCCGAUGUCUACCCCGGACCUCCCUUCGGCAGCCUCGACGAUGACCUACAGGUCCUUAUGGAGCGCUUCCUCGAGGAGCGUGGCAUCACCCAGGCCCUCGCCGUUUUUGUCCCCGACUACGUCGAUGUCAAGGAGCAGCGGGAGUACACUCGGUGGUUGAGCAACGUCAAGGCUUUCAUCGGUACUUAA